AUGAAUAAUAAAAUUUCGGGUAUUAACUCUAUUUGUUCUGAGACUGGAUAUUUCGAAUGUGUACAAGAGUUCAAGAGUAAAGAAAAAUUACCAACACUUGUCUAUCAUUAUCCAGAUCAAGCAAGUAAAUUUAUUGCAUUAGAAAUUGUCAAAGCAAUAGAAAAAUCAAAUUCUGAAGGAAAAUCAUUUGUAUUGGGUUUAGCUGCUGGUUCAACUCCUUCAUCAGUUUACGAUCAUUUGGUUAAACUUUACCAAGAAAAAAAAGUUUCAUUUAAAAAUGUUAUAACUUUUAACAUUGACGAAUAUUAUCCAAUUAAAAGAAGUAAAAUUCAAAGUUACUAUAGAUUUAUGCAAGAAAAUUUUUUCGAAUUAAUUGAUAUCAAUAAAGAAAAUAUUAACUUUUUAAAUGGUGAAAUUAAAGAAGAAGAAAUUGAUGAACAUUUAAAGGAAUAUGAAAAGAAAAUCGAAAAGGUUGGUGGAUUAGAUUUAAUUUUAGUUCCACUUGGUAAAAGAAUUGGAUUUAAUGAAGCAGGCUCACCAUUUAAUACCAAAACACGUUUAGUAGAUUUAGAACAAAAUACCAGAAUUGACUCUGCAAGUGAUUUCUUUGGCACUGAACAUGUACCACACCAUGCAUUGACUAUGGGUCUUUCAACUAUUUUCUCAAGUAAAAGAGUUAUUUUGAUGGCUUUCUCUGAAGGUAAAGCUUCAAUUGUACAAAAAACCACCGAGGGUGAUAUUACUAUUUCCGUUCCAUCAUCUAUUUUCCAAAACCAUAAAAACUGUCAAUUGGUAAUCGAUGAAUCAGCAGCUGUUGAAAUUACUCGUUGUAAACAACCAUGGACCAUUCAAUCUACCAGUUCAACCUUAACCAUUAAAUGGACUCCAUUACUCGCUCGUAAAGCUGUUAUUUGGUUAUCAUUAAAAUUAGGUAAACCAAUUUUAAAGUUAGAAGAAGAGGAAUACCACGAUAACAAUCUUUCAUCACUUUUAAAGGCCUACGGUCCAUGCCACAAUUUAAAUCUUAAAGUUUUCAGAAACUUACAAGCAACCAUCAAUGUCAUUGUUUUUUCACCACAUCCAGAUGACGAUGUAAUUUCAAUGGGUGGCACUUUUAUUCGUUUAUGUGACCAAGGUCAUCAAGUUCAUGUAGCCUAUCAAACCAGUGGUAACAUUGCAGUUUGGGAUGAUGAUGCAGUUAGAUUUGCAAAUUUCGGAAGUGAAUUUGCUCGUAUUUUCAAAUUAGGUGGAGACAGCGAAAACAAGAGCAAACAAAUAGAACAAGGUGUCGAAGAUUUCAUCAAAACUAAAGAACCAGGUCAACCUGAUUCAAAAGAGAUUCAAUUAAUUAAAGGUUUAAUUCGUCAAACUGAAGCACGUGCUGGUGCUCGUUAUGCAGGUGUUAGAUCGGAUAGAAUUCACUUUUUAGAUUUACCAUUCUACGAAACUGGUGCUGUUAAAAAGAAACCAUUGGGCGAAGAAGAUAUCCAAAUUAUGGUUAAAUUUUUAGAAUCUGUUAAACCAGAAAUUAUAUUUGCUGCUGGUGAUUUAUCAGAUCCACACGGAACUCAUCGUGUUUGUCUCAAAGCUAUUUUAGCCGCCAUUGAACGUUUAAAAAAUAAUGAUUGGAUGAAAGAAUGUCAAGUUUGGUUAUAUCGUGGUGCUUGGCAAGAAUGGGAACCUGAAAGAAUUGAAAUGGCAGUUCCAAUGUCACCAUUUGAACUUCAAAGAAAACGUAUGUCCAUCUUUAAACAUCAAUCUCAAAAGGAUGUCCCUGCUUUUCCAGGUACUGAUAAACGUGAAUUUUGGAUGCGUGCAGAAGAUCGUAAUCGUGCCACUGCCAAAAUUUAUGAUAAACUUGGUUUAACAGAAUUUGAAGGUAUGGAAGCUUUUGUUUCAUGGUCACUCAAUGAUGGUACCAACUAUUAA